UGACCCUCUCUGCUCUAGGUUGUUUUCCUGUAUCCUAGCAACCGGAGUGCUGCGCGCUUGUGGUCGUAGCUGCAGAAAUUUGGAGCGACUGGAGGAGCAGAGAGAUCACCUGGAUUAUUUUAGAUCAUAUUACCUGAAAAAUACUAGAUCAUUUUAGAUCAUCUGCGUUAUAUUAGAUCAUUUUAGAUCAUCUGGAUCAUAUUAGAUCAUCUUAGAUAAUUUUAAAUCAUCUGGGUCACCUGGAAAGCUUUCUGCUGCUGCUAUGGGGGUUGCGCUGAGCCGGCAAGCACAGAGGACCACAGACAGGCAGGAGGACGCCCCCCUGAAUGAGGCCUUACUGAGGGACAUUGUCCGUUUUGUGGAGCAGGUGGACAGCAGACACACUAAAGAGGCACAGCUGGUAUUUGAUGAGCCUCUACUGUGGACGACGAACCUACAAGCUUCUGACUUUGGCACAGAGUAUGAGCUCAGUGGCUCCUCAGUUCACUCUCGGGAAACUGAUGGAGAUGGACGUCCUCUUCUUCAGUUGACUCCUCCUGUCAUUUCUGUACGCAGCUUCAGUCAGCUCUCCAAGCUUCUGCAUCUGAAUAAUGACAGUAAACUGAAGGAAGUGCGAGCCUGUUUGGAGGCAAACAGAGACCCCGUGAAGAAGAUUCUUGGGCGGAGCUUUGCUAUGAUGGAUGGAGAAGAUCCUUCUGCGCUGCUCUUGCUGAACACGGUGAAUGAGGAUGGUCAGAGCAGAGAGACUGAGCUUAAGGUGAAACUGUUCCUCAUCCUGCAACAACUGGACCGGCAGUUGCUCAACAGUUCUGUCCCGCAGCUCUCCCAAAAGGUCAGGCUGAGUCCAGCUGUUGUUAAGUGUGAUGUUGAGAUGCUGAAGAGUGUGUGUGGUGCAGGAGAAAAGAGGCUGCUGAAGUCGGUGCGCUACACAUCAGAUCACGAGUACAGCAAUGGCUGCCGCUCACCUCCGUGGAGGCAAGAGUUUGGAGAGAUUGCCGGACUGAUCAUUGAACCAUGUGACACAGAACCGCUCUCCGUCACAUGCAGCAUUUACGGAUUCUACCUCAACAUGCCAAUCAAGCAAGAGGGAGAAGAGAAUGUGAAGAAACGUGAGCUCUACAAAGACCUGCUCACACUCCUCAAGAGCAAAUCUCCACAUUUUGCUGAGAGCAUCAAUAAACAGACCUCUGUGCAGAAAUUGAUUGCUGAACAUGAGAAGACUAGACAACAGCUUGCAAUGAAAACAACAUCAAUCAGUAUGAAGUUAAGAGAACCAACUCUACUAUGGACCAAACCUGAUGAAAAAGCUCAGAAGAAGAAGAUGAGAAGAAGUGGAGGAAGUGAAAAGGCCACAGAAAGCCGGACUAAGCCCCACAGUAAGAGUCCAGGUGGAGGAACGGGAGCUGAGGAUUUCAGCGAGAGCUCGUCUGAGAGUGAGGAAGAUGAAGAGCAGAGUGAGAGACGAGGAGAGAGCCGCACUGACCUGCCCUCUGAGUACUGGGAGAUUCAAAAACUGGUCAAAUACCUGAAGGUGGGUAAUCAGACUGCUACAGUGAUAGCUCUCUGCUGUAUAAGAGAUUUUAACCUGGCUCAGGAGACGUGUCAGCUAGCCAUCAGAGAUGGAGGAGGUCUGGAGGUGCUCAUCAACCUGCUGGACACUGACGAGGUUAAAUGUAAAAUUGGUUCACUGAAAAUCCUGAAGGAGAUCAGCUGCAGCUCUCAGAUUCGUCAGGCCAUCGCUGACUUGAGGGGUCUCCAGACCAUGGUGUCCAUCCUAGACUCCCCAGAUAAAGAGCUGAAGUGUUUGGCUGCAGAGACUAUUGCCAAUGUGGCCAAGUUCAGGAGAGCCCGCAGGACAGUGCGUCAGUAUGGUGGGAUCAAGAGACUGGUGGAGCUGCUGAAUUGUGUUCCUGACUCGGCCACACUUAGUGCAGAGCAGGAGAAAGAUGUGGAGGUGGCCCGCUGUGGAGCUCUGGCUCUCUGGAGCUGCAGCAAGAGCACCAGGAACAAAGAAGCUAUCCGCAAGGCUGGAGGAAUCCCUCUGCUCGCCCGCCUGCUCAAAUCCCCCCAGAAGAACAUGCUCAUCCCCGUGGUGGGCACUCUGCAGGAGUGUGCGUCUGAGAGCAGUUACAGGAUUGCCAUCCAAACAGAGGGAAUGAUUAAGGAUCUGGUAAAGAAUCUUAACUGUGACAACCAGGAGCUUCAGAUGCACUGUGCAAGUGCCAUCUUUAAGUGUGCGGAGGACAAGCGUACGCGAGACCUGGUCCGGCAGUACAAAGGUCUGCAGCCUCUGGUCUCUCUGCUCAGCCAGACUGACAACAAGCAGCUGCUCGCAGCAGCAACAGGAGCUAUCUGGAAAUGCUCUAUCAGCAUGGAGAAUGUAGCAAAGUUUGAGGAGUUUAAGACUUUGGAGAUUUUGCUGAGUCUAUUAACAGCCCAGCCUGAGGAGGUGCUGGUCAAUGUGGUGGGGGCUCUUGGGGAGUGCGCCCAAAGACCCGCCAACCGCAUCGCCAUUGGAAAGAGUGGCGGCAUCCCACGCCUUGUCAGCCUGCUGAGGGAAACUAACCAGGCUCUAUUAGUGAACGUUACCAGAGCUGUAGGAGCAUGCGCUACCGAGCCUGACAACAUGGUGAUCAUUGAUCAUCUAGACGGGGUGCGUCUGCUCUGGUCCUUGCUGAGAAAACCAGAUCCAGAUGUUCAGGCCAGCGCUGCCUGGGCCAUCUGCCCCUGCAUAGAGAAUGUGAAGGACGCGGGAGAAAUGGUCCGUUCAUUCAUGGGCGGGUUGAAGCUGAUUGUUGACUUGCUAAAAUCGACCAAUAAGGAAGUUCUGGCGAGUGUGUGUGCUGUGAUUUCCAGAAUAGCCAAAGAUAAAGAGAAUCUGGCCAUCAUUACUGAGCACGGAGUGGUGCCCAUGCUGGCCAACCUCACCAACACAGAAGAUGAUAAGUUGCGUCGGCAUCUGGCAGAAGCCAUUUCUCACUGCUGCAUGUGGGGUAAUAACCAUGUGGCGUUCGGGGAGGAAAGGGCUGUUGCCCCUCUGGUCCGAUACCUGCGCUCAAAAGACCCCUCAGUGCACCAAGCCACGGCCCUGGCCCUCUACCAGCUCUCCAGAGACCCCAACAACUGCAUCACCAUGCAUGAGAGCGGCGUGGUCCAGCCCCUGAUCGUCAUGAUGGGCUCCACUGAUGAGGUGCUGCAAGAGGCGGCGGCCGGCUGUGUGCGUAACAUCCGCCUCUUGGCUCUGGCCAAUGAUAAGGCAAAGCAUUUCACAUAAACAGAAACAUCAGAAACACCCUCUGCUGUUACUCUGGAGCCGCAACAUCAUUAUUUACGUAUAUUUACUUAUCAACUUGUGUGUAUGUGUGUAACUCUCUCUUUUCCUCUAUAUUUUACUUUGUGCACUGCUUGCUAAUGUAGGACGAUUGUUUUCUUGAAGUUUAUGAAAACAGAUAAAUUA